UCCAGACUGCUGAAGGUUGGAUUCUCGUGUUGAGCUAUACAAUUUUUGCUUAAGGAACACUGACGAAUAAAAACUCUGAGAAAUGUCUAGCUCUGUAAAACUUUUGGAUCCUGCAUUUCAAGGAGCGGGUCAGAAACCCGGGAUUGAAAUCUGGCGUAUUGAGAAUUUUCAGGCAGUUCCGUUGCCAAAGUCUAACUAUGGAGAAUUCUACAUGGGGGAUUCUUACAUUGUCUUACAGACAACACCUGGGAAGGGUGGUUCAAAUCUGUAUGACAUACACUUCUGGAUCGGGAAAGAUACCAGUCAGGAUGAAGCUCUAACAGCUGCUAUUAAAACUGUUGAGCUAGACGCAGUACUAGGAGGGCGUGCUGUGCAGCACAGGGAACUUCAAGGUCAUGAAUCUGACAAAUUUUUGUCAUACUUUAAACCUUGCAUUAUACCACUGGAGGGUGGUAUUGCUUCGGGAUUUAAAAAGCCUGAAGAAGAGGAGUACGAGACACGGUUAUAUGUCUGCAGAGGAAAACGGGUUGUGAAAUUGAAGCAGGUUCCUUUUGCUCGGUCUUCACUGAACCAUGAUGAUGUAUUUAUCCUGGACACUCGGAAUAAGAUUUAUCAAUUCAAUGGUGUAAAUUCUAAUAUUCAGGAAAGGGCGAAGGCAUUGGAAGUUGUUCAGUUUUUAAAGGAAAAGUAUCAUGAUGGUACAUGUAGUGUUGCGAUUGUUGAGGAUGGGGAAUUGUAUACUCGGUCAAACUCUGGUGAGUUCUGGGUCCUCCUUGGUGGUUUUGCUCCAUUAAACAAGAAGACUACAGGUGAAGAUGAUGUUAUUUCAGAGACUACUCCUACUAAACUUUAUAGCAUAACUGAUGGUGAGAUGAAGCCUGUAGAAGGUGAACUAUCAAAAGGCCUUCUCGGAAACAAUAAAUGCUAUCUACUAGACUGUGGUGCUGAGGUUUUUGUUUGGGUUGGACGAGCGACACAAGUAGAGGUCAGAAAAGCUGCCAGUCGAGUUGCUGAGGACUUUGUUACUGGUGAGAAUAGAGCAAAAACAGCACGCAUAACCCGUGUCAUCCAAGGCUAUGAAAACAAUUCAUUCAAGUCCAAAUUUGAUUCUUGGCCAGAAGGGUCUACAGCUCCUGGUGGUGAGGAAGUAAAAGGAAAAGGAAAAGGAAAAGUAGCCGCUUUUCUGAAGCAACAAGGAGUUGGGGCCAAGGGAACAAUUAAAAGUGUUCAAGUAGUUGAAGAAGUUCCAGCUUUGCUUGAAGACGGUGGAAAGACGGAGGUAUGGUACAUUAAUGACGGUGCCAAGCUGCCAUUGCCAGAAGCUGAUUUUGGUAAAUUCUACAGUGGAGACUGCUACAUUGUGCUUUAUUCCUACCACUCAGGUGAGAGGAAAGAAGAUAACUUUCUCUGCUGUUGGAUUGGAAAGGAUAGCAUUGAGGAGGACCAAAAAACGGCUUAUCAGCUGGCUACUAAAAUUUCUAACUCAUAUAAGGGGAGGCCUGUUCAGGGUCGAGUGUUUGAAGGUAAAGAGCCACCCCAAUUCAUCACACUUUUUCAACCUAUGGUGGUCCUUAAGGGUGGUCUAAGCACUGGUUACAAAAAGAGUAUUGCUGACAAAGGCUUGACGGAUGAAACCAACAAAGCAGAUCGUGUUGCUCUAUUUCGCAUAUCAGGAACCUCCACACACAAUAAUAAAGUAUUGCAAGUUGAUGCGGUAGCAACAUCUUUGAACUCAGCAGAAUGUUUCCUCCUGAAAUCUGGAUCUUCAAUUUACUUAUGGCAUGGAAACCAAAGCACCCGUAAACAGGAGCAAUUAGCCGCUAAAGUUGCUGCAUUUUUGGAGCCUGGAGUUGCUCUUAAGCGUGCUAGAGAAGGGAAAGAGAGCAAUACCUUCUGGCUUGCACUUGGAGGGAAAAAAAGUUAUACCAGCGAAAUAGAAUCUUCUGAGUCCGUCAGGGAUCCCCACUUGUUCACAUUCUCUCUUAAUAAAAAAGGAAAGUUUGAGGUGGAGGAAGUCUACAAUUUCUCUCAGGAUGAUCUCUUGACAGAAGAUAUUUUGAUACUUGACACACGUGCUGAAGUGUUUGUUUGGGUUGGUCAAUGUGUAAAUGUCAAAGAAAAGGAAAAUGUUUUCAAAAUUGGUCAGGAAUAUAUAGACAGGGCUUCAUCUCUAGAUGGUUUGUCUCCAAAGGUUCCACUUUACAAAGUUACUGAAGGAAAUGAACCCUGCUUUUUCACAACAUUCUUUUCAUGGGAUCCCAACCGAGCUACCGUGCAUGGAAACUCAUACCAGAAGAAGCUGGCAUUGCUCUUUGGGCCAAGCCAAGUUGCAGAGUUGGAAUCUAUGCUGCCGAAGGAGGAAAAGACCACCGGGAACCAAGGGGCUCCGACUCAAAGGGCUUCAGCUUUAGCUGCCUUAACUUCAGCAUUCAAUAAAUCUCCUUCCAAAUCACCCCCUCCGGAAAAGUCCACUGCGAACCAAGGGGGUCCUACUCAAAGGGCUUCAGCUUUAGCUGCCUUAACUAAUGCAUUCAAAUCAGCUACUCGCAAAUCAUCCACUGUGGAACGCUCCCCUUCAAAUCAAAGUGGAUCUACACAAAGAGCUGCAGCUUUAGCAGCUUUAGCAGCUUCAUUUAAUCCAUCAGCAGAAACCAAAACCUCAGCUCCAAAGCCUGUCAGGUCUAAUCCGGGAGGAUCUCAAAGAGCGGCAGCCAUAGCUGCUCUUUCCGCGGUUCUUACUGCUGAAAAGAAGAAACAAUCGCCUGAUGUAUCACCCUCAAUAUCCACUAGCGGCACUCCUGCAGUAACCUCCCCACCUACUGAUGCAGACUCAAGUGAAGUGAACCCUUCUGAAGCUGAUGAUUCUGUAGGGGUUGCCAAAACCAAUAAGGAAGACUUGAGUGAAGCGAACCCUUCUGGAGCUGAUGAUUCUCAAGAGGUUGCUAAAACCAACAAGGAAGAUUGAAAACCGAAGGACGAGACAGAGCAGAAUGAGAAUGAGCAUUAACCUCCACUGGUUUGCGCACUUCCUUCGAGGUUCGCAUUCUAACUCGCUACCACUUCGCCGGGAAAUCGAUUUCAUUUGGUAUAUAAUAUAAUAAGAAGCUUGGAUUGCUCUGUCUAAGGUCUUUUGUCAAGUUAUUUUGCCCAUUUCUUUUUAGUUUCACUGCCUUUUUUAAGGGUCGCUCACACAUAGGCCAACAUUCUUGGAUUUCUUUGGCAAUGUAUCUCAUAUGUCUUCUCUGGGUUUACUUUAAUUUAUAUUAUAUGAUUUGCGGUAAUAGUACCA